AUGCUCAAGAUGUGUUACUCAUCAAAAAUAUUCAUACUGUUCAUAUUUCUUAAAAUUUUUUAUGUAGUUUUAUGCUCCGAAGAUGAAGAACGAUUAGUGCGUGAUUUGUUUAGAGGAUAUAACAAGCUUAUUCGACCAGUCCAAAAUAUGACGGAAAAAGUUCAUGUUGAAUUCGGUCUUGCGUUCGUACAACUUAUUAAUGUGAACGAAAAAAGUCAAAUAAUGAAAUCGAAUGUAUGGUUGAGAUUAACAUGGAAUGAUUAUCAACUCCAAUGGGAUGAGGCUGAUUAUGGAGGCAUUAAUGUACUAAGACUACCUCCUGAUAAAGUUUGGAAACCCGAUAUCGUACUAUUCAACAACGCUGAUGGUAACUAUGAAGUUCGUUACAAAAGUAACGUAUUAAUUUAUCCAACUGGAGAAGUGUUAUGGGUACCACCAGCUAUUUAUCAAAGUUCUUGUACGAUUGACGUAACAUACUUCCCAUUCGAUCAACAAACAUGUGUUAUGAAGUUUGGCUCUUGGACAUUUAACGGAGAUCAAGUUUCAUUAGCACUUUACAAUAAUAAAAAUUUUGUUGAUUUAUCGGAUUAUUGGAAAAGUGGUACAUGGGAUAUUAUAAAUGUACCAGCGUAUUUAAAUGUUUACAAAGGAGAUUUUCCAACAGAGACUGAUAUUACAUUUUACAUAAUAAUCCGUCGAAAAACAUUGUUUUACACAGUUAAUUUAAUUUUACCAACAGUAUUAAUUUCAUUUCUUUGUGUAUUAGUAUUUUAUUUACCAGCUGAAGCUGGUGAAAAAGUUACUUUAGGUAUUAGUAUUUUACUGUCACUAGUUGUAUUUCUCCUGUUAGUAAGCAAAAUUUUACCACCAACUUCUCUUGUACUGCCACUAAUUGCCAAAUAUUUAUUGUUUACAUUUAUUAUGAAUACCGUUAGUAUUCUUGUUACAGUAGUUAUUAUAAAUUGGAACUUUCGAGGUCCUAGAACCCAUAGAAUGCCAUCAGUAAUACGUAAGGUUUUUUUGAAAUAUUUACCAACAUUAUUGUUAAUGCGACGACCAAAAAAAACACGAUUAAGAUGGAUGAUGGAGAGCCCAAAUGUAACACUGCCAGCAUCUAUUUACACUGGAAGUCCAACAGAAUACUUUCCGGGACCAAUACCUAAAUCUAAGGUAGAAAUGAUGGAAUUGUCUGAUCUCCAUCAUCCAAAUUGCAAAAUAAAUCAUAAGCCACAUUAUACAACGAGUACUUCAGGCAUGACUGAAGGUGCUAAUGAAGCUUCCGGAGAUCGAAGAGGUUCUGAAAGUUCUAACUCGGUUCUACUUAGUCCAGAGGUAGCUAAAGCCACUGAAGCUGUUGAUUUCAUUGCUGAACAUUUAAGAAAUGAGGAUCUUUACAUACAAACACGAGAGGACUGGAAAUAUGUUGCAAUGGUGAUUGAUCGCCUUCAGCUCUACCUAUUCUUCAUCGUAACAACAGUCGGAACAGUCGGCAUUCUAAUGGAUGCUCCUCAUAUUUUUGAAUACGUUGAUCAAGAUCGAAUCAUCGAAAUGUAUCACGGAAAGUAG